AUGCAGGAAGAGGAGGCUGACCUCUUGGCGAAAGAAAUCUCAGAGCCACUUUUACCACCACCUUUUCUGCUACCACCACCGCAACUGCCACCCCCUGGUACACUUACUACAACAAGACCAGAAGUUCUCUUUGCAGCUAUAGAACCACGUAGUUAUAGCCUCCGAGAUAUUGACCAUAAGAGCCUUUAUCUACAGGACAACAACCUCAUGGUAGCUUUUCUACAAGGCGAUGACAACUCUGCUCAAGAAGAGGCCCUCAGUGUGCUUCCUAACAGGUCCCUGGAUCGCAAGAGAUUCCCUCUGAUCUUGGGGGUCAAAGGGGGCAGCCAGGGCAUCUCAUGUGGUAACGAGGAUGAACCCAAACUGCAACUGGAGGAUACAGACUUCAUUUAUCUUUUUACCAACGGGGAGGAGGCCAAACGGUUUACUUUCUUCAAGUCUUACAAUGGCAGCACCCACACAUUCGAAUCAGCCACCCACCCUGGGUGGUACCUCUCUUCCUCAGCUGAGACUCACAAACCCCUCAUGCUCACCAGCCACUUGGGAGGAGCUGUGAUCACUGACUUUUAUUUCGACCGUAAAUAG